UGGUUUCCAAGGCUGAGAGGAAACUAAAAGCCGCCCACAGCCCAAUUUUCGGGGGGGACCGAAAUCGCGACGGACAACCAGGAAGCGACGGGGCUGGGAGCUUUACCCCCGGUUUUCGGCUCUGCUGUGGAGCGCGCCCCCAGGGUGUCGGUGCGCCGCAGCUCUGUGCCUCGCGGGGUCCCCGACCCCGACCCAGCCUCCACCGGGGCCAGCUGCUCAGGAGCCAGCAUGUCAUCCGACUUCGAGGGUUACGAGCAGGACUUCGCCGUGCUCACUGCGGAGAUCACCAACAAGAUUGCCAGGGUCCCCCGACUGCCUCCCGAUGAGAAGAAACAGAUGGUUGCAAAUGUGGAGAAACAGCUGGAAGAAGCAAAGGAACUGCUUGAGCAAAUGGAUUUAGAAGUCCGAGAGGUGCCACCCCAAAGUCGAGGGAUGUACAGCAACAGAAUGAGGAGCUACAAGCAAGAGAUGGGAAAACUCGAAGCCGACUUUAAAAGGUCACGGAUCGCCUACAGUGACGAAGUACGGAAUGAGCUCCUAGGGGAUGACGGGAAUUCCUCGGAGAACCAGUUGAUAAAAUUACGUGAAGAGAGGGCACAUCUGCUCGAUAACACAGAGAGGCUGGAAAGGUCAUCUCGGAGACUAGAGGCUGGAUACCAAAUAGCAGUGGAAACCGAACAAAUUGGUCAGGAGAUGCUGGAAAACCUCAGUCAUGACAGAGAAAAAAUACAGCGAGCACGUGAACGACUUCGGGAAACAGAUGCCAACUUAGGGAAAAGCUCCAGGAUCCUGACAGGGAUGUUGCGAAGGUAAGAACAAGAAUCAUCCAGAACCGCCUCCUGCUCGUCAUCCUGGGGAUCAUCGUGGUCAUCACCAUCCUCACAGCCAUCACGCUGUCUGUCCGAGGACACUGAUGUAUCUGCUCCCCUUGGCAAACAGCGAUGGCGGCCCGUGCUGAGUAAUUAAGACAAAAUGGUCACAUGAAUCAUUCCACGCUGACAGCCCCUGGGUGACCCUGCCUUGUCCCUUCCCCGCCCCUCAGCUCCAGGGCCAAGAGCGUCAAAAUGUUUUCUGUCCCUGUUUGCAUGCGGGCCACUUGCCCCCUCCAGGUUUGUCAUCAGCCAGGUUUGUUUGGAGAGGGGAAGGCAGAUGUGCAUUUACCUUUUGGUGAUUUCUUCCCCUCACCAAAACCACCCCGGCGCCAUUCUCUCAUGCCCUCUGCACACGCCAGGGCCCAUGGUUUGGGAGAGAGGGGUCACUCGCGGGAGCUGCUGUCACACACCUUGUAUCACGGAAGGACCUUUCUGUGAUGUCCAAGGUUAAAAAUGCAGGCUGAAAUAGAGCCCCGGCCAGCAACCAGCACAGGAGCCCCGAUCCCAUCCAGGCAGAAUAGAACACUGAGCUCACUGAAUAUUUGUCUUGCAAAGAUGGGUAUUCAGUGUCAGUUGUGCAGGAAAUUGACUUCGCACUUUCCUCAGUUUUCUGUUGCAUGAUUUCUUUCUUUCUUUCUUUCUUUCUUUCUUUUUGAAACCUAAGAAUAUUUUUUGCUGAACCUGCCCAAAACCCACUUUUCACAACUUUGGCCACUGGCUAUGAGGAAUAUUUUUUCUCUCCUUCCCCAAAUCCCAUGCUCUUCAAAAUUCACUGGCAGAGCAAGCCCUGGCACAGAAUCUAAUUGUGACCCCAUCUUCCCUGACCUGUGUAAGCGUCUCUGUAUCCAUUCGGUUUUAAUAUUUGCUCUGCCAAAAACAGCCCUGCUACAUGCAAAGGUCUGACAAGGUCCCCUCCACACCCAGGCCAGUAUGCAAAGAGGACAUGAAUAUUUCAGCGAGAGCAAGAACACGAACGCUGUCGGUGUGAAAUUUCCAAUGUGAUUGUCAAUGUGGGCGACUCCCAUAGGGCGAUCCAGUAGAAAUAAACUUAAAGGAAAAUGUUCACUAACCUUUAAAAGAAUAA